AUGGAAAAAUCUGUGGAAAUUGGUCGUGUUUCCGCGAGUGAUGUGUCUAUUAGUCAAAUAUUCAAGAGCUCAUUCGCCAGGUCUUUUGUUUCAAACUAUCACGACAACAAAAUUCUGGAUAUGGAUUAUUAUAAUGAUAGGCAUGAUAUUUCUACAUCUAGCGUCGACGAGUAUUUGGAUAAUUUACAAACGAGCCUGCAGGGCCAAGUUACGAUUAAUAACACUUCCGGCAAUGCUUCGAGCCCGGAACUAGACGAACACAAUCUCCGCAAGCAAUGCCAGGUGUUAAGUGAAGAAAAUAAGCGGUUGCAGAAUGCACUUGCUCUUCAAGAAACCUCACAGAUUGAUUCAACUUAUCUUCAGAAUCAGGUUGAUACUCUCAAAUGGCAAUUGAAACAGACUGAAUCAAGCCGGCAGAUGUACAGAUCAUUGAUGAAACAAGUGAUAAAUUUCUUGGAGCGGGCGCAAAAAAGCUGGGAUAUACUUCACGCGAGUAACAGCACCACCGGGCAGCGAAGUAAAAGUACCACACGUAAUAGCCGCAGUCAGAUAAUAUAUCCUGAGGAUUUAUCAAUUAACUCGUCAGUGCACCAGAGAUCAGUUCGCUCACCGAGUCCUACUUCUACCAGUAAAUUUAAUCGUGCAAAAUCAGUGGCGCAGAUUUCAUCAGCACAUUCAUCGGGUUUCCGUGACUUUACUUGGUCGGUGCUGAGACGCAAUGACCCCUCGCAAUCGCAAUCGUCAUCGCCAUCGGCUUCCACCGCGUCUAGAUCCAGCAAAACCGCAGAUCAUCGCUCAUAUCCACCGCAACCGAGUUUUAAUAAAUCAGAUGGUACUAUUUCGAAAUCUACAGAGAGCAAUUCUGUUGAGAAAAUUGAAAGUGAUCACAUACCACCGGAGAAAUUAUCUCAGGAAGCAUUUAGAUUGUUAAGAACCGCUGAGUCACUGUUAGCGAUGCGAGAACCCGACUUAUCAUUCUCGUCAUCAUCAUCAUCAUCAAGAAACUCAUCAUCAUCAUUAACUGCAUCGGCUGUCACCGGUGAUGAUGAAAAUACCUCUGCCUCUAUUAUAAUGGACUACACGCAGAGCCCGGACGGCAGUAAAUCCACCAACUCGAUCAACCUCGACGAUUUUUCCCGAAUCGAGGAUUGUUUAUCAAUAAACGAGCGAGAGCCAGACAAUAGACUCAGUAGUUUCCACAAGUCAAGCAUGGAUAUGUCUACUGGGAGCACGAGCACUCUGCAGCCAUUUUCAAAAAGUUUUGACUGCGCCUCCGAAGAAGAAGAGCACCAUAGUAUUAGUUUUAGCGUCAAUAUACAGAACAACAUUAAUAGUAAUGACAAAAAUAUGAGUAACAUAAUGAACGAAGUAAGACAAUGUACUUCAACGCCAAAUUCGACAGUCAACAGAAGAGCCAAGUAUAAUUCACCAGCAGCAGAGACCAAGGAUCAAAGAGACUCGAGAUUAAAAGAGAAACCUACCAGCAUUAGCAGCGCUGAAGAUGAAAGUGGUUUCUCUUCAAUGAAUUCGUUCCAAGAUGUUGGUCUUCCCCAGCUGACAGUCAGACCAGCCACACCAGUUAAACCAGCUGGAUAUCAUCACUCUGAAGUAGGGCUACCUGACGUGCCCUUGGACCGAAUUAAUCAUCGCAGGUGGUCAUCAACUCCCGCGGAAAUUCAAGCGAUGUUUCGACGUUACAAGAAUACAUAUUUAUCGAACCAGUCGUCCAACGCUGAAACUCUCAGUGUUUGGGUCUGA